AUGGAGGGUUCUUCGUCAUGGUUAGGGGACAGCAGGGAACACGGCAUGUCGGCUGUCGGAUAUAAAGCAGGGCUAGGCACGCUCCUGUUGGACUACUCAGCCAUGGACGUGGACCUCAAGAGAACAGCCUACUACCCCUAUUUGGGGGCGCAGGAGCCUGUACUUGUGCCAGGAACGCAGCCCAAUCCUGUUCUGGUGAUCAAUGCCAAUGCAGCAGAGGCACAGCCGAAGCUGGGACCUGUGGCUCAGAUCUUGUGCUGUCCACACUGCCGAUCCACGAUGGAGACCCGUCUGGAGCCGCGAGUGACCAAGCAUACCCAUGCCUUUGCCUUUGCUCUCUGUCUGACGGGCCUGUUCUGCCUGGUGCCGCUGCCGUACUGCCUGAAGAGCUGCCAGAGCGUGGACCAUUACUGCAGUCAGUGCAAUCGGUUUCUUGGAAAGGCUUCCAGUUAA